GCCGUGAGGAGACCAGAAGUUGCAGGUGAGCGGAGGAAGCGACCAGCCGCGUUGGACGAUGACAGCCAGCUGAGCUUGCCGACGCAACCACGAAAGAGGCCUUUCCCUGCUGCGCUUCGUGGUGUGGAGCUGGUGGAAGUCCCACCAUGCGCCAUAGAAGCACUCGCAGCCCACGGUCCGGAUGGAGGCGCAGAUCUGGCAGCGCCACGAAGAAGAGCGACACGCGUGAGAUUUCCACCGCUGCAGGCUUGGCGCGGGGAGCGUGUAGUCUUCGAGCGCCCACCAGGUUCUGACGCGCCGCAGAUGAAAGGAGCACAGGGCACAGAACACGGCUGCGCAAGGUAA